AUCUGCCCCAUUUUAAGGGGAAGGGGAAGGUGGAGGAGAAGGCGACGUGGACCCAGAUGGAGUCAGCCAGUCAGUCAUCCCACUGUGCUAGCCCUCUUCCGCCUCUCCCGAAACGCAUAAAUACCCAACGUGAGAGCAGAUCAAAUAAAAAACCAAACACAAAACUCAGGGUCGAGCUCUGAACCCAGUUGAAUUGAAAUGGCUACCACUAAUCAAGCUCAAGGAGCUGGUCCCGCAAUCCCUCUCCUUUCUCCUUACAAAUUUGGAAAGUUCAAUCUUUCUCAUAGAGUUGUAUUAGCACCAUUGACUAGACAGCGAUCAUACGGAAAUGUUCCUCAGCCGCAUGCCAUCUUAUAUUACUCACAGAGAACAUCUAAGGGGGGUCUUCUCAUAGCUGAAGCCACUGGAGUUUCUGACACAGCUCAAGGGUACCCAGAUACUCCUGGUAUAUGGACAAAGGAGCAAGUUGAAGCAUGGAAACCCAUUGUUGAUGCUGUUCAUGCUAAAGGUGGCAUCUUCUUCUGUCAGAUUUGGCAUGUGGGGAGGGUUUCAAAUACCGGGUUUCAGCCAAAUGGGCAAGCUCCAAUCUCUUCUACUGACAAGCCACUAACCCCCCAAAUACGAUCCAAUGGCAUUGAUGUUGCUGAUUUUUCUCCUCCAAGGCGAUUAAGGACAGAUGAAGUCCCACAAAUAGUCAAUGAUUUUAGACUUGCUGCAAGGAAUGCUAUAGAAGCUGGCUUUGAUGGAGUAGAAAUUCAUGGGGCCCAUGGAUACCUUAUUGAUCAGUUUCUAAAAGAUCAAGUGAAUGAUCGAACAGACCAAUAUGGGGGAUCAUUGGAGAAUCGUUGUCGAUUUGCUCUGGAAGUCGUUGAAGCUGUUGUUAAUGAGAUAGGAGCGGAUAAAGUUGGAAUUAGAUUAUCUCCAUUUGCCAGCUAUAUGGAAUCAGGGGAUUCAGAUCCGAAAGCGUUGGGCCUUUAUCUGGCCAAUUCGUUGAACAAAUAUGGGAUCCUGUACUGCCAUAUGGUUGAGCCUAGGAUGAAGACAGUUGGAGAAAAAUGUGAUUGCCCCCACAGUCUUGUACCCAUGAGAAAGGCUUUUAAUGGUACCUUCAUUGCUGCUGGUGGUUAUGACAGGGAAGAUGGGAACAAUGCUGUGGCUGAGGGCCGUGCAGAUCUUAUUGCUUAUGGUCGUUGGUUCUUGGCUAACCCAGACUUGCCGAAGAGGUUUGAGCUUAAUGCUCCUCUGAACAAGUACAACAGAAACACUUUCUACGUGUCUGAACCGGUUAUUGGCUACACUGAUUAUCCGUUCCUUGACACCACUGCAUAGGAUUCGUGCAGCAUAUGGAAGCUUAUACACUCUUAUCUUUCUGAAAUUCUCGCAUUAUUCUGCGUACAUGUUUUCUGUUGCUUUUCUUGCACGGUUUGGAUAACUAGAGAAAAUAACAAAUCGAGGGGCAGAAGUUGGCUGACGACAUUGUAAAGUUCUCAUUUGUAUGAUAAGUUUCUGCAUUGUUCAAUCUGUAUCAAGUUCAAGUGUAGUAUUGUAGCUUGUGGUUACUUGAACAUGCUAACUGAUUGCAUGCCAUGCCAAUGAGUUUAGUAAAGAUAGUUUGUGAUGAUCUUA